CUUUCCAUUCCACUAGUUUCAAACAGAGGCUUAAGCUAUUAACCGUUUGAAAAGAAAACCCUAGCUAAACCCUUUCCAAUACUUUCACUCCGACUCUGAACCAACCAUCUCUCCGACCCACACUCAACCCUCAACCCUUGCAACUGUAAAGAUAGAUAGCUGUGUGUGCGGCUGAAGGUGAGAGAAUCUAUGGAAAUAGAUCGAGCGGACGGUCGUACACCGAACCAGCUGAGACCACUCGCUUGUUCUCGUGGUAUUCUGAAUCGCGCUCACGGCUCCGCCAAUUGGUCCCAAGGGGAGACGAAAGUUCUUGCCGCAGUUUAUGGACCGAAAGCGGGAACGAAGAAGAAUGAAAACCCUGAAAAGGCUUGCAUUGAAGUUAUUUGGAAGCCCAAGACUGGGCAGAUUGGUAAACCAGAGAAGGAGUACGAGAUGAUAUUGAAAAGGACUUUGCAAAGCAUCUGCCUUCUGACUGUCAAUCCAAAUACGACAACCUCAGUUAUAGUUCAGGUUGUCAAUGAUGAUGGUGCCCUUCUCCCCUGUGCUAUAAAUGCUGCAUGUGCUGCCCUUGUGGAUGCUGGAAUUCCGUUGAAGAAUCUUGCAGUUGCAAUAUGUUGUUGUCUGACAGAUAGUGGAUGUGUUAUACUGGACCCCAACAAGCUAGAAGAGCAGAAAAUGAAGGCAUUUGUGUACCUAGUUUUCCCAAACUCAAUUCUGUCCGUCCUUCCAGAAGGAUCAUCACAGGUGGGAGGAGAGCCAGUGGAACAUGGGAUUAUUACAUCUGUUACACAUGGUGUAAUGUCAGUGGAUGAUUAUCUUCACUGUCUACAACGAGGACGUGCAGCCAGUGCAAAAUUGUCUGAUUUUCUCAGGAGAAAUUUGCAGUCACAUUCCCCAGGUGACUUGUCCAAGGCUGGGUGAUUUCUUACACGAUUGCAAGGUAAGAAAUUUGGUGUACAAUUCGAGCUUGCAAUGGAAUUGUUUUAGAAUUACGCACAAAGCUGCUCUUCACUACUCCCUACUUCAAAUCUUUGCUUUUUUGAUUAUUUGUUAGCGAUGAUGGUUGUGGGGCAAAGUGAGUGUUGUGAGUUUCAAUAGCGGAAAUUUAUGUUAGCUAAUAGCUUGAACAAAUUAUGUUUUCUCUUUUCUCUCUUUCUCUCUUUGUUUUAGUCGUAAGCGAACAAUAUUGUAUGCGUUAGCAACAAGUACAACUUUAUAUAACAAUUCAUGUUGACUUA